CACUUACAAAAGUUGUGUCGGCAACUACGUGUCCUCGUCUCAGUCCACCAACCCACACCCGCAAAGCGGAACCAAAAAAAAGAAAAGAGGAAGGUUAGAGCGGCACUUGGUCAGGGUGUUCGGGUGUUCUCCGUGAUGUAUUCCGCCGUUGGUCUUUCGAAAAGCGGAUCGAUGCGAGAGCCACACAUGCGCACUCGGGAAGUUUGUUCAAACAGGAAGAGGCGGCGUACGGCCCCGAACUCGUACAUAAAAUGGAAGGACCGUGUCUCGAUCCCCCUUCCCAGAACCAUACAUCGUUCGCAUACCCUUCAACCGCUGUGUAAAGCUCUAUAAGCCAGUAGCCAAGAACGCCGCAACAAUGCACGAGAUGAUUGCAGUGCAACGCAACGAGGAGCAUGCUCCAAACAAACCUGAACGGCAAGAAAGCCUCGGAUCCAGCGGCGGAUCCAGCGGCACCCAUAAAAUCGACAUCGAUGACUCUAUCGGGGAGAGCACUGAGGAUGUUGCGACGAACCGUUUCCCUUCGGGAUCCUUGUCUUGGAACAAUCUUAGGUACUCCCUGAAAGUAGGCAAGGAUCAGGAACGAGUGCUUCUUGAUGGAGUGUCCGGCGAGGUCAAAACCGGCGAACUGGUCGCAAUCAUGGGGUCGUCCGGAGCUGGUAAGACCACUCUACUCAACUGCCUAUCAGGCCGCAUUUCCACCGGAAAGCUCAACGGUGAUGUCGCUCUCAACGGCCGCCCGCGCAACCCAAAGCAAUGGAAGAAGCUGAUGGCAUUCGUCGAGCAAGACGAUCACCUUUACUCUAACCUCACCGUCCGCGAAACGCUUCAGUUCGCCGCUCGGUUACGACUCAGUCCGCAGGAAUACCCAACGAUGGCGGAGAGAGAUGCCGAAGCUGAGAAGGUCCUCAAGUCGCUACGGUUGACCAAGGCGGCGGAUACGCAUAUUGGUGAUGGGUUGACCAGGGGUGUCUCUGGUGGGGAGCGCAAACGAACGGCAAUCGGGCAGGAGAUCGUUGGAAAUCCCCGUGUACUGUUCCUCGACGAACCCACAUCGGGACUCGACUCAAAUUCCGCCUUCGCCAUCCUCGAGAACGUGAAGAAGGAGGCGAUGCGCACUAACCGCAUCGUCCUCCUGACGAUCCAUCAGCCCAGUUAUGAGAUCAUGGAGCUGUUCUCAACCGUCAUCUUCCUCGCCGAGGGCACCGUCGCGUACAUGGGCUCACCGGAGAAAGCCCUCCUUCACUUCGAGGAGGUCGCGGGCUACAAGUGCCCUAUCCGCAAGAAUCCCGCUGAUUUCUUCAUGGACUGCUUGACUGUGAGACUCGAUUACCAAAAAGAAGACUCGGAGCGCGUAAAGAGGUUCAAGGCCUUCAGCGACACCAAGAGGUCGAUCGAUGUUGGGAAGAGAGACGACGUGGCAGUGCACUACAGCAUCGACGCGCCCCAAAUCGGUCUCCCCGUCAAACCCAAACAGACGGUCGUCGAAGACCUCAACGCGCCCAACUCAUGGUUCACCCAGUUCUCCAUCCUGCUCAAACGCGCCACCAUCGAUCGACGCCGCGACAAGACCCAGCUGAUCGCCGAAAUCGUCCGCACUGUCCUCAUCACCGUCCUGAUGGGCUUCUCCAGUCUGCAGCUCGCGAACGAUCAGCGAGGCCUGCAGAACCGAAUCGGUGUUCUGUUCGUGUACCCCGUCAACGCCAUGUUCUCCAUCAUGCAGCCCAUCCUCGGGACGUUCCCGCUCGAACGCAUCAUCCUCCGCCGAGAACGUGCGGCCGGAUCGUACCAGGUCUCGGCGUUCUACCUCGCCAAGUUGUUGAUUAUCCUCCUUCCCACCUUCUUCUUUACGGUGCUUGGUACCGCACCGUUGUACUGGAUCAUCGGUCUGCAGAGCGACGUCGGCAAGUUCUUUACGUGGAUCGGUGUCAACCUCCUCGUCGUCACUUGCGCCGUCUCGAUAGGGCUGCUUACCAGUGCUGCCGCGCCGACCGUAACCGCCGCUCAAGCCUUUGGCCCGCUCGUCGGGGUCGUCUUCAUGUUGUUCGGUGGACAAGCAUUCAACGUCGGUACCCUCGGCUGGUGGUUCAGAUGGUUGCACUACGUCUCGCCCGUUGCUUACGCCUACCGCGCGUUCGCAAUCACCGAGUUCACCGGCCUCGCCCUCACUUGCAAUCCCGGCGAAAUCUGUAUCAACGACGGCGAGGAGGUCCUUCGCACGUACGAUCUCGGCACCAUCAGCGUUGCUCUCUGCGCCGUCAUCCUCGCAUCCCUUGCGACGUCGUGGAUUCUUGGCGGAUAUGUCCUUCUGAGGAGGACGAGCAAACCGGCCAGAGUAGUCAUUUGAUGUUGAGACCCCGGUCUCAUCGAAGUUAUCAUUAAGUUUUGGACGUACUUCCUUUUGACUCUUUCUUUACCGUGACAAUUUUGCGUAGUCUCUUCUGAGAUCGCUAUCAUUGUAAAUAUGCAUUAUUUCCCCCUCAUAGAGCUUUUAUAUGUACUCUUUUCUAAUACAUGAACGUUACAACCGAUA